AUUCUACUUCCGGUCUGGGGAAUUUAACCGUGGAGGCGCCUUCCGUUUCCGGUCUGUGCCCUUGUCUGUCCGUGUCCCCGGCUCGCUGCCCGGGGCAGGAUGUUAGCAGCAGCGCUGGGUCUGGCCCGGGCUGGCCUUAGAGCUGCUGCACGCCCGGCAGUGCUGUUGCAACAAGCUUGUUUUGAAGGGAGCUCCACAACAGAGACCCAUCCUACUGUUCGACCAAAGGAUGAAGUGGCCCAGAACCAGCUAUGUGCUUUUGGAGAGUAUGUGGCUGAAAUUCUGCCCAAGUAUAUCCAGCAAGUCCAGGUGACCUGUUUCAAUGAAUUGGAGAUAUUUAUCCAUCCUGAUGGGGUUGUUCCAAUUCUGACUUUUCUUCGAGAUCACACCAAUGCCCAAUUUAAAUCCCUGGCUGAUUUGACUGCUAUUGAUGUCCCAACUCGACAGUAUCGUUUUGAGAUUGUUUAUAAUCUCCUGUCUCUGCGCUUCAAUUCUCGGAUCCGGGUGAAGACGUACACAGAUGAGCUGACACCUGUCGAUUCAGCAGUGUCAGUGCACCAGGCAGCAAACUGGUAUGAAAGAGAGGUUUGGGACAUGUAUGGAGUCUUCUUUGCCAACCACCCUGACCUGAGGCGAAUUCUAACAGACUAUGGGUUUGAGGGCCACCCAUUUCGGAAGGACUUUCCACUCUCCGGAUAUGUAGAGGUGCGGUAUGAUGAUGAGGUGAAACGGGUGGUGGCAGAGCCUGUGGAGCUGGCUCAGGAGUUCCGCAAAUUCGAUCUGAACAGUCCCUGGGAGACGUUUCCUGCCUAUCGCACAGCUCCAGAGACCCUGAAACUAGAAGCAGGAGACAAGAAAGGAGAUGCAAAAUAGCAGCAGGACCAAGAGGAUGCUGGGAACUUCCUGUGUGGCACUGACCUUCCUGUUCUACCUUCAUAUUUAUAUGAAUAAAACCUGACAUGAGA